AUGGAAAAUCGAGGGCAGCGCGUGGAUAACGCGCUGCAACAGUUGCUCUUCCGAUUGAUACCUUGGAGGCAGGACGACGAUGAAGCACUCGAAGACCAGCGCUUCGAUGAGGCAUUGCAAGCAGCCAGACAAACACUAGAUGAACAACCAUCCUCGGCAGCAGCAGACGAUGUGCACCACGCCGCCGACCUGAUCAGACAAAAGCUGGUACACGAGAACAGCCGCCCGGACAAAGCCCUCCACUUCUCCAACCUCUAUUCGCGACUGCUGAGCCAGCCUGUGCUCGACCGUAAAUGGGCUAUUCUAUACUUUUUAUAUCGACUGUCGCGUUCGGAGCCUGAGGCACUGGAUGCUGCUCCCUCACCGACACCCCGCCCUCAACCUGCCUUGCGACAACAGAGCAGUGACGCUCCAGCCUUCAAUGAUGCCUUCUCCCGCAAUGGUCUACCCAGAGUACCCGAUCCCGACGAUCCAGAGCCUUUGCGUCUGCCACAAACAAGAGAAAGAAUGCCCUUACGCGCAUCAACACGUUCAGUAGUAGCUUCGCCAGAACCAUCGGCCUCUGCGAAUCCACAGGACGCACCGUCAGAAGCUCAAUUGCUUCGCGACUUGCCAUUUACACUACAGGGUCUCUCAUCGACCAAUCUUGCCUUCUCCGACUCCUCGCUCAAACUCCCCUCAACAUUACCCGUGCCCAUCAUCAGUUUGCUCCACACACUCGCCGAGCCUUCGCUUCUAUAUCGAAGUCUAUCAGCCUUUGUUGAGUCUUCCGAGGGUGGUCUGGUGGGCCAAAGUUUGCGCUCUGCGAUUGGCGUCGAGCUGAGAGCCUACCUUGGUUUGGUCGCGACUCUCGAAGCUCAAAUCAGAAGAGCUUUGACUCAAUUACAAGAAUCGCCUGGCAAUUUGGGUCUGGGAAAGGCUGGUGUGACGUUGAAACGAUGUGUUGUUUGGACUCGUGAGGCGACCAUGGGCUUGAGGCUCAUGAGUAUGAUGGUCGAAGAAGCAAAAGAGAAGAAGGGAGGCGAGUUGAUAUCGCUCAUCCACUCUUAUGCCUCGUCACAUGGCGACCCCUUUGUGUACACCUUCGCCGAACGACUGUUGAUCCACGUCACUCGGCCUUUCUAUACUAUGCUUCAACACUGGAUCUAUGACGGCGAGCUUGAAGAUCCCUUCCUGGAGUUCUUCGUCUACCAAAACCGCGAUGCUGAUAUGGACUCGGAUCCUCGUCGUGGUGGUGCAACAAGUGUUUGGGAGGACAAGUACCGCCUCAAAGACAGCAUGAUACCCACCAUCAUCACACAGGAUUUUGCAAAGAAAGUCUACCUGAUCGGCAAGUCACUCAACUUCAUCCGCUACGGUUGCGGUGACUCGGCAUGGGUCGAGAAUCAUAGCAAGAGCUCUAUGCGAGAGCUUCGCUAUGGCGACACAGCCACCCUUGAAUCAUCGAUCGACUCGGCAUACAAGGGCACCAUGGCUCGUCUCAUACAUCUCAUGGAAGACAAGUUCAAGUUGUUUGAGCAUCUGGCAGCACUGAAGAAGUAUCUCUUGCUAGGCCAGGGUGACUUUGUGGCCUUGCUUAUGGAGUCUCUGGCCUCGAAUUUGGACAGGCCGGCAAACAGCCAGUAUCGACACACUUUGACUGCACAGCUCGAGCACGCCAUCCGCAACAGCAACGCCCAAUACGACUCUCCCGAUGUACUUCGCCGACUAGACGCCCGUAUGCUCGAGCUCUCUCACGGCGAAAUUGGCUGGGAUGUUUUUACACUCGAAUACAGAGUUGAUUCUCCACUCGACGUUAUCGUCACCCCCUGGGCAUCAAAACAAUACCUCAAAGUCUUCAACUUCCUCUGGCGAGUCAAGCGCGUCGAAUUCGCAUUGGGCAGCACAUGGCGGCGCACAAUGACCGGCGCUCGCGGCGUCUUGGGUGCUGUCGGCGAUAAAGUGGAUGCAGACUGGAAGAACGCACGCGGCGGCAUUGCAGAGAUGAUCCAUUUUGUUUCGCAACUGCAACACUAUAUUCUCUUUGAAGUCAUUGAAGCUGGCUGGGAUGGACUGCAAAAGGCACUGCGCACACCUGAUGCUACACUCGAUGACUUGAUCUCAGCGCAUGGAGCCUACCUCCGCAGCAUCACUCGCAAAGGUCUUUUAGCCCCUUCAGGCUCUCAGGCUUCGUCCUCGACGGCGCCAGACUUUACGGCUCAGUUGCAUGAGUUGCUGAAACUUAUGCUUAGCUAUAAAGAUGCCGUGGACAGUCUAUACUCCUUCUCCGUGGCCGAAUUCACCCGCCGCCAGGAUCUAGCCGCCAAAAUCGAAACAAGGACAGCAGCAGGCACAUGGGGCGUCACUGAAAAAGACGACCACAACCGCACCUCCUCUCGCCGCCACAACGACCGCGAAGACAACGAUUCACCUAUUCCGCCUUUACUCCCCUUUUCCUCCAACACCUCUGCUGCAGAUGAAACUGCUAUCCUGACCUCUUUGCGUCAACGAUUGCAGACUCUAGCUACGGAUUUUAGAGCCAGAGUUAAUAUUCUGCUCGGUGAUCUUGCGUAUCAGCCGGAUGUGGAUAUGAGGUUUUUGGGCGUGGUUAUGAAUUUCAACGAUGUUUAUGCGCCUGUGAGGAAGGGUCAUGGACAUCAUGGUCAUGGUGGUGCGGCGAAGAGGAGACAGCAGCAGCAGCAGCAGCAGGAGAGGGAGAAGGAGGGAGGUGAGAGGGAGAAGGGCAAGGGCAAAGAAAGGGAGAGGGUCAAGAGAACCAGAGACGAGGUCGAGGCUAAUGGCGGAGCAACAUCCAAGGAAGGCUGA